CGCUGAUGAGCUCGAGCUCGCCGCUGCGGGUCGGUUCCAUUUCCGAGCGGUAGCUUUAGCCUGGCUCCGCAUAAAUGAUUCUCAACAUCAACAUUUAGAAAUUCACCCGUUAAACACACGCAGGCGAGAGUCAUGUCGGCUCAGAAGCGCCCCAGUGAGUCCGGCGGUUCAGGGCCAGCGGAGAAGCGCCGUGAGAGGGAUGGAGGAGAGGAGGGAGAGGGGCAGAGCACCGGGGCAGCAGCCAGCACUGCUGUGGAGACUGUCAUCAAACUGGGAGGCAUCGCUAACUCGGAAGAGCAGGAUAUUAAAGCACUACAGGUUAAAAACAGAAAGCUGGGAGAGGCCCUGGACCAAAGACAGGUUAUUGAGGACGAGUUGAGAGAAAGAGUGGAGAGGCUUGAGACUCGCCAGGCUACAGAUGAUGCUAGUCUGCUUAUCCUUAACAGAUACUGGAACCAGUUUGAUGAGAAUAUGCAGUUGAUGGCUCGCCGCUAUGACCAAUCGGGGAGUGAGCCUGUCGACAGCCAGCCUGCGGAGGGGCGCAGCCUGAAGCCUGGAACACCAGAGCCAGAUGGAGAUUCCAAUCAGGAGAGAGCGAAGGACCGAGGUCAACAGGGGGAAGCGGCAAGCUCAUUCCUUGCCAUUUUGGCCAGUAGCAGCAGUGAAGAAAUGGAGGCGGAGCUGCAGGAAAGGGUGGAGUCCAGUCGUAAGCAAGCCAGUCGUGUGGUGGAAAUUUACGAGAGCUUGAAGAGCACUGUAGAUCAACUGAAAAAGGACUUGGAGUCUGGAACAGAUGGAAACACAGCUCUCUGGGAAGCUGCUGCCCACCUCAACACUCUGCUGGCUAAUGAAAAUGAACAUCUUCGUCAGCUGACUGAUGACCUCAUGCAAAAAUAUACUCACAUGACCAACGAGUCCCGUUCCCUGGGCCGUGCCGCUACUCGUGCCGAUAAUAGAAUCAGUGAGCUACAAGUGCUAAUAGAGGAGCUUCAGUGGGACACAGAAAAGGUCCGCCGUCGGGAAAACCGUCUCAACACACACCUGGGAGAAGUGCUGGAGAGGGUAAACAGUAAAGGCUAUAAGGUGUGUGGUGAAGCUAGCAGUGUGUGUGGGACCAUCACUAUUAACAAGAGAAAGUUUGAGGAGAUGAACAGCGAGUUGGAGGAGAACAGGGAGCUAGCGGAGAACCGACUCAGUGAGCUGCAGAAACUGCAGCAGGACCUCCAGACAGUUGUCCAGGAGAACAAUAAUAUGAAGAUGGAGCUCCUGUGCAGGGCUGAGGGACUUGUGAGGGAAACUGCAGAAUAUCGAUGUUUGCAGUCACAGUUCUCUGUACUUUAUAAUGAAUCUUUGGUGCUGAAGGCCCAGCUAGACGAGACCAGAGCUCGCCUCAACACCACCAGAGCAGCCCGCCUCCGCCAGCUUGACCACAUGGAGAAUGACGAGGUGUCGCUGCAGCGUAAGGUUCGUACUGAGGUCAUUCAACUGGAAGACACACUGGCUCAGGUGCGGAAAGAGUAUGAGAUGCUGAGGAUCGAGUUUGAGCAAACACUCGCCGCCAAUGAGCAAGCAGGUCCAAUAAAUCGGGAGAUGCGUCACCUUAUCAGCACACUGCAGACCCACAACCAGCAGAUGAAAGGAGAGGUGGUCAAAUACAAACUCAGAUUAAGAGAGGCCCAGCAAGAACUCAACCAGCUCCGUGCUGCUAAGGGCAAUCCUGCUGUCCAGUCACAGUCGAGCACGGAGAUGGAUAUAAAAGAAGAGACCGCCUCCCCUUUACCACCUGCUGUCUCUGCAGUGUCGGUGAAGACGGAACCCGGAACUGAACUAGAAGCAACAGUAAAAGAGGAGGAGAAAGAGAAGGAGAAGGAAAAGGAGGAGAAGAAAGAAAAAGAACAGAAAGAAAGAGAGAGGGCACCUCGUGGGAGUAGUGCGAGUGGAGCAGUCAAAGAGGAGAAGGAGAAGCCAGGCACUAGCAGUAGUCAGUCAGAAGACUCUCCAGCCGAACGCUGCACAGUCAUUGGAGGACCCAAGCGGAAGGAAGUGGAGCAACUGAAGAUUGUCAGGGCGGAGCUGAAGAAAGCCCAGGAGUCACAGAGAGAGAUGAAGCUCUUGUUGGACAUGUAUCGCUCUGCGCCAAAAGAGCAGAGGGACAAAGUGCAACUCAUGGCUGCGGAGAAAAAGGCCAAGGCUGAGGCAGAGGAGCUGCGCCAGCGAUUACGUGAUUUGGAGGAGAGAGAAAGGAGAGAAGGGAAGAAGAUGGCAGAUGAGGAGGCUUUGAGGAAGAUCCGCUCAGUAGAGGAACAGAUUGACAUCCUCAACAAGAAGCUUUCCCUCGCCAAGCAGGAGGAGGACGCCCUGCUGAGUGAGAUGGAUGUCACCGGGCAGGCCUUUGAGGACAUGCAGGAGCAGAACAUUCGCCUGAUGCAGCAGCUCAGAGAGAAGGAUGAUGCCAACUUCAAGCUGAUGAGCGAACGCAUCAAAUCCAACCAGAUUCACAAGCUACUGAAAGAAGAGAAAGAGGAACUGGCGGACCAACUUCUCACGCUCAAAACCCAGGUGGAUGCUCAGCUUCAGGUUGUGAGGAAGCUGGAGGAGAAAGAGCGCCUCCUGCAGGGCACGAUAAGUGCUGCAGAGAGAGAGCUGGCUCUGCGCACGCAGGCGCUUGACAUGAACAAACGCAAGGCUCAGGAGUCUGCUUUGCUGUCGGAAGAUGUACGAUCUCAGCUGGAGUCCGUGCAACAGAGGCUCACUGCAGUCAGAGAGGAGGUCAUUGAAAACAGCAUCUCCAGAGAAAAAGAGUCCUUCAAUGCCCGUCGUGCACAGGAGGACAUCUCCAAACUGCGCCGGAAAAUUGAGAAGGCCAAGAAACCUGCUGAGAACAUUCGCAAUGGAGAUGAGAUACUUAAUCAGGAAAUAAUUGAAUACAAGGCUCGUUUGACGUGUCCUUGCUGCAACUCGCGCAUGAAGGAUGCCGUAUUAACGAAGUGCUUCCACGUCUUCUGCUUUGAAUGUGUGAAGACGCGGUAUGACACUCGCCAGAGGAAAUGUCCCAAGUGCAAUGCGGCCUUCGGCGCCAACGACUUCCACCGGAUCUACAUCGGAUAAGCCGACGAUCCACCACAUCCACAGCUUACUGGUCCGCUGCGCCACCCUCGUUUCUGCCUGACUGGAGUGGUGUUACUUAGAUGUAGAUGGAUUUGCAGUGCAGCGUGGUUCUUGACCAGCCACAAACACCAUCAGCUGAAACUCUACAUUCCAUCACGUUUCCAGGUUGUGAAGCAAGUUAGCCAUUUAGGGUUCAGGGAGGGGAUUUGGCCUGGCCGCUCAGGCCUGUCUCAGCUGUCCGUCUGCCAGAAACUGCUGCUUGUGUUAGAGGGAGCGUAUCAGUUGGAUUCCUUCGUGCAGGAACUGCUCCGACUUGCUUUUGCUCUCCAUUCCAACCCAUUCGUAACUGGUUUUGCUUCAUAGCCCUCAGUGGACCAGGGGCUUGGCAUUAACGUUAUUAGUGAUAGUCCUGAAGUACUGCCUGAUAGACUGCUGAGUGAAUCAUUUGAAGUGUCUUAAACUUGUUUUUUUUGUACUUUUACUUUUUUUUAUUUUCAAACCUGCCUAGUUAUGAUGGUUAAGUAAUUGCUGUAUCGCAAUUCAUUAAAAGUGCUGUCAAACUGUG